AUGGAUCCCGAGACAAGUAAGAUCAUAGUCGAGCUGCAGCUUGCCGACAUCAAUGACCUUUUUGACGAUCUCUACAACGAAACAAAAAUUCCUAGUGGCGAUGCGCGUACGAGUUUCGAGAUCAUGCGACAGGACCUCGAACAGCAGCUCCAAAUUCUGGAGGGCCAAGUCCUUUUACUUAAAAUCUUGAGAGAAGAGCACGAAAAUCGCGUCGCUUUCUCCAGGCUCUUAGAAGAAGAGAAGCAAGCCGUCAACGACCAUCAACUCGCUAUGCAACUAGUGGGCCGAGCGUUCAGUGAUCGAGAUGUCACGAAACGUGCUGAUUAUGAGGCCAGCCUUUGCGAUGCGGCCGAAUGCUGCAGCGAUGAGCAAUGGGAUAUGGCGCGAGAGCUCUAUACAGCGGCCUUCGGGCACCAGCUUGCAAAUUCAGCGCCUCUCGACGGCAUCCGAACCGCCAAGGCUGGCGAUAAGAAGGGACCCCCCAAGGCCACAAUCCUCGGUUCUGAUGCGCUGACCAAGUGCUGCGCAUGCAUGGAGGUUGUGUCCAGUAAAAACACACUCGCACUGGAAUGCAAACCGGAGGCCCACACGUACUGUCGCAUCUGCCUCAUUGAUCUGUUCACCAGCGCACUCGAUAACACAUCGCUUUUCCCUCCACGUUGCUGCAAGCUACCCAUUCCGCUUGAGAUUUGCCGUGUCAUUCUACCGAAAGAAGUCGUCAAAAGCUUUGAUCUCAAGGUCGAAGAGCUCGCGACUCCGAAUCCAACAUACUGCUCAAACGCAGAUUGCUCGAAAUUCAUUCGCUCAAAAGAUGUCAAGGCUGGUGUUGGUUCUUGUGCGUUCUGCAAGCGUAGAACAUGUUCUCGUUGCAAGAGUUCUGAGCAUAAGGGUCUCUGUCCCAGUGACCCCCAUGUUCAGCUUCUCAUGGAUGUGGCCAGGCGUAGCAGGUGGCAGCAGUGUGCCAAGUGCAAAAACAUGGUUGAGCUAGAGCAGGGUUGCUUCCAUAUGACGUGA